CGGCAAGAACCGAGGUAUCUCUGUUAGCAGCCAAACAAUAGCCGGCCGGCAGGUGCCCGUCCAACGGCAUCUCUUUCAGGCUCCAAUUGACCUUCAACUUCACUGAAGCGUUUGUAUGCCACGUCCACCAUCCAUCAACCUUUUCCUGGACCAACUCGAGCUCAAAAGCUCCAAUUGACGCGAAACGACCGUUACGAUGUUCUGAUUACACCAAUUGAUUCUUUUUUCUCUUCAAUCAACGCCAAAAUGUCAGCCUCCCUCCCCCACCGAAGCGUCGCCAACAUCCGAGCUCCCACUCCCUCCUCCCGCAGUGGCAGUCACCGUGAGCGUGAGAGCUCCAGCCACCGAGACCGAGACCGUGACCGCGGCGAGAGAGGUGACCGUGACCACUCCGGCACAUCAACGCCCACGCGUCCAAUUCCCACUUUCAACACACCAUCUAGUCUCCGAGCAGAAGAGGAGCUCAUUGUCAUUGACUUCGGCACGCGAAAGGUUCAGGUGGGCUUUGCUGGGGACUCGGCGCCUAGGGGUGUGGUGUGGUUUGGUCCGGAGCAGCAGCGGAGGAUUGGUGAUUUCAGGGACUGGCAGACGGAUUAUCAGCAAGAUUGGAGGUCGAAAGCUGCGGGAGGUAAUUGGGGGAGGGAUUAUGAGCUUUGGAGGCCGGAUGUGAGGGGCUUGGAGUUGGGGCAGGUGGGAGAUAAGGUUGAGAAGGCUGUGAGGGAGGCUUAUACGAAAUACAUGCUCAUCGACUCCCGUCCCCGGAGGAUGGUUUGCGUCGUACCAACAGGUCUCCCCAUCCCCCUUCUAUCAGCAGCUUUGGAUAGCCUCUUUCACCGCUUCCAACCACCAACAGUCUCGCUGCUAUCAUCACCAGUUGCUGUGACCGUGGCCGCCGGUGUCCGCUCAGCGCUUGUUGUCGAUCUCGGCUGGAACGAGACGAUAGUUACAAGCGUCUACGAGUACCGCGAAGUGGCAUCUAAGAGCACAGUCAGAGGAGGCAGGAAGUUGACGGAGGAGACUCACCGUUUCUUAGCCAAGGAACUAGGCCACGUCCAACAAGACAACAAAGACGACAAGCAAGAAUAUGUCUUGUCCUUCGAAGAGUGUCACGACAUUGCAAACCGGCUGGUCUGGUGCAAGCCCUUCAAGGCAGAGAAGACUCCCAAGUCCUCACCUCCACAGCCGGCUUCACCAGAAGGGGAAGGGCUGGCCACCGUUGAAGAAAGCGACGAGGACGAACCGACCACCACCACUACCACUGCCGGCGAGAAACCACUACCUCCACCACCCAAAGUCACCACCGUCCCCAUCCGCUCCGGCAGAUCCCCAACAUCUCUCGAGUUAACCUUCGACCAACUCUCCGAGCCCUGCGAAAACACUUUCUUCGACUCGCAAUAUUCCCUCUCCAGCUUCGACGACCACGAGACGCCCGUGCACUUACUAGUCUACCGUACUCUCCUCCAGCUCCCUCUCGACGUCCGAGCGCUCUGCAUGUCCCGGAUCAUCUUCACCGGCGGAUGCACCACCGUCCUGGGUCUACGCAAACGGAUCUUUGACGAAGUUUCCCACAUUGUCCAGGAGAGGGGGUGGGACCCCGUCUAUGGGAAGGCCAAGGAGCAACUACGGACGAACCCGAAACUGAAGAAGAGGAACGGCAGGCAGACGACAAUGAACAACAACAAUAACAACACUUCGACCACGCCCGGGGGUGUGUCCCCACCGACUGCUGGUGGAGCCGCAGGAGAAGGAACAGCAGCACCACCAGGUCAAGAAGAAGACGGUAUCUGGCACGACGCCGCCAACUCGGUCCCGGAAGUCGAUCCGAUCGAGGCACAACUUGCUCGUACUAACCCCUCGCCCAACUCCCGCAAACCCCUACACGGCCAACUACGAGCUAUCGAGUCCCUCGGUCCCUGGGCAGGCGGCAGUCUAAUCACCCACCUCAAAGUACCUACGGUGUCUACGAUCGACAAGGAUCAGUGGACGCAGCACGGAGUUACCGGGGCAACGGUCAGGGCAGCAGAUGUGGAGGCCAAGACUCAGCAAAGACUAAGCUGGAACGCGAUGAACAGGGGUGGAAGGGAAGGGAAGGAGCCGUGGACGCUGGGCGUCUGGGGGGCUGCUUGAGCUUGGGGUUCACCGCCUGCCUUUCUUGGCUGGUGACGUCGAGGAGGUGUCUGUCAAGGAAGGAGGUACAUGGGGAUAGUCUGCAAAGGAAGCUCACCGCCUGCCUGACCUGGCUGGUGACGAUGUGUCUGUGGAGGAGGUACCUAGGUACAGGAGGUACAGGGAGGAUGGACGAACUGCAAAGGAAGGCGGUGAGAGAGAGAGUGACCGAGCGUUUUCAACAGGAGGGACCUUGACGACUGGACCCUCGGUCAUGUUUGUUUGCUUCCCCUAGGUGGAGAGGGAGGCUACUUUGGGAUGAGAU